AUUUUUAUUUCAAUAGAGUCGGAGAAAAUGGAUAACUUUCAUUUCAGAGUGUCGUGGUGAAAGUUUCAACUAGAAAUCAUCUUUCCCGCACACACGUUCAAUUAUAUCGGUUGGAAAAAAGAAAAGUACCGGAACUGAUGAGCGACCCGAACGGAAAACACACCUGCAGUUACUUACUUAACCACUCCCAUGAAGCAGGUUCUAGUCCAGCCCAGCAGUUUUUUGGGGAGGGUAUUAGUUGCCAGCUCGACUCCAUAGCUGGGCUCAGAGCUCUUCGAGCUGUCGACCAAGCCGCACCACCUGAACCCGUUCCAAAAAGAAACAAACCAAAAAAACUGCUUACCAACAAGAAAAGUGAGCGGAAUAAUAAUUUGUUGAACCUGCUGAAGGGGAAAUUUUUGGUCGUUUGUGUGUGAGAUUGAUAUGACAAUUAGUACACGUCCUACCAGCAUACUGGAACACGACAGUCAAAUGUCUUUGGCUAGCCAACCCAACGCGCGGGAAUACAAUAGGAGUGGAUCAUGGUGGGAGCGCAGGACUCGUCUGGAGCGACGCCUAUCCCUUUGCGCCACCGUCGUCGUCUUUGUGGCCGUCGGAUUGGCUAUCGCCAUGGCCGCUCUCAUCUACCGAGGCCAGCAAAACGACCCCUCAAAAGUGUUCGAUAGUGAAACUCUUGCCAUGGUCUCGCCCUCUGCCGCAGCCUUUACCGUCAGCAGUCACGAAGUUCUCGAUUUGGACAAGGCCACCAAAUCCGACGCCGAUCCUUCGGCCAAAAGCGCCAACGGCGACGUUUGCAACACUUCGGGCUGCGUCCUGGCAGCGGCCGAGAUCCUGAAAAACAUGGACAAGACGGUGGAUCCUUGCGAGGAUUUCUACUCGUUCGCUUGCGGCGGAUUCGAAACGAGGAACGUGAUUCCGGACGACCAGUCGAGCGUGACGACUUUCAGUUUGAUUAGCGACGAAGUGACGGAGCAGCUGCGGUCGCUCAUCGAGAGGCCCAUCAAAGAAACGGACGCUGAGCCGUUCAAGCUGGUCAAGAAACUCUUCCAGUCGUGUUUGAACAAGACCCGGGCGGAGGAGGCGGGCCUGGCGCCGCUCAAGGAGGUCCUUGACCAGUUUGGCGGCUGGCCGGUCGUCAUUGGCGACAGCUGGGACGACAGCACUUUUGUUUGGACUGAUAUGAUUUACAAGUUCCGUCUGGCCGGCUAUUCGAUCGACUACUUUGUCGACUUUUCCGUCACGACCGACCUGAAGAACUCGACUUCGCGUAUUAUCGACUUGGAUCAAGCCACUCUGGGACUGAGCCGUGAAUAUCUGAUCAAAGGUCUCGGAGACAAGGACGUCAAAGCUUACCUCGAUUAUCAAGUCGGUUUAGCCACUCUCCUGGGAGCCGAUAAGGACAGCGCAACUAAGCAGCAGACGGAAGCCCUCGAAUUUGAAAUCAAGCUGGCCAAUAUCAAUUUGCCGAGGGAGGAGCGCCGCGAUGCCAACAAACUUUACAAUCCCAUGACUAUUAAAGAAUUGAGCCUCAAAGUACCCGAAAUCCCUUGGCUGGUCUACAUGAACACGAUCCUGGCCCCGCAUCACGUCCUGACGGAAAACGAGCGCGUCAUUGUCGAUGUGCCCGACUAUUUCCCCAAGCUCGUUGAUUUGCUGGCCAAAACUCCCAAGAGGACUUUGGCCAAUUAUUUGAUGUGGCGCGUUUCCUCGGCGUCUGUCGGCUACUUGAACGAAGCUGCCAGAAAUCUGCAGUUGAAAUAUUCCGCCGUCUUGACCGGCACAACUGAACGAAAACCCCGCUGGGAAGAGUGCACUGACCUCGUGUCCGGCAGUUUUGGCAAUGCUGUUGGCGCCAUGUACGUCCGCGAAUAUUUCGAAGAGGCGGCCCGCCAAUCGAUGAACGAGAUGGUCAAAGAUAUCCGCAGCGUUUUCUCGGAAAUUAUCGACGAACUCGAGUGGAUGGACGAUGAAACGCGAGUGCGCGCCAAGGGCAAAUCCGAUUCCAUGACGACUCACAUCGCCUAUCCCGACGAACUCUUGGACGACAAAAAGUUGAUUGAUCUCUACCAAAACUUGACACUCGACUCGACCGACUACCUGCGCAACGCCCUCAAUCUGACCGUCUUUGGCACGAAUUACGCAUUCAAAAAGUUGCGCGAAUCCGUUAACAAGACGGACUGGAUUUCUCACGGUAGACCGGCCGUUGUCAACGCUUACUAUUCACCACUAGAGAACUCGAUCCAAUUCCCGGCCGGUAUUCUUCAAGGCGCAUUCUUCGGCAAAAACAGACCCGCUUACCUAAACUACGGCGCCAUCGGUUGGGUUAUUGGGCACGAAAUCACGCACGGAUUCGAUGAUCAGGGACGUCAAUUCGGUCCCGAUGGCAAUUUGGCCGAAUGGUGGGAACCACCGACCAAGAAAAAUUAUUUGGAGCGGGCCCAGUGCAUUAUUAACCAAUACGGCAAUUACUCAUUCCCGGAACUCGGCUUGAAUAUCAACGGAAUUAAUACUCAAGGUGAAAACAUUGCCGACAACGGCGGGAUCAAGGAAGCCUAUCGAGCCUACAUCAAAUACGCGACACGCUCACGAUCCGGUUUCGAGAACUGGGAUCAAGUCGAGCAGCGAUUGCCCGGUCUCAGCCAGUACAACGUGAGACAAUUGUUUUGGCUAGGAGCCGCCAACGUUUGGUGUCAGAAAUCACGACCAGAAAGCUUGAAACUGCGCAUCCUGACGGGCGCCCACUCUCCAUCCCGCUUCCGCGUCCGUGGACCCUUCGCCAACAUGCCCCAAUUCGCAUCCGAUUACAAUUGUCCCCUGGGCAGUGCAAUGAAUCCAGUACAAAAAUGCGCCGUCUGGUAAAAAACAUUUCCAUUUUCAAACAAAACAAAAAAAAAAUUAUUGCGUCAUCCCGUUUAUUUUUUACAAAUCACGUAAUCCACGAUAUUUGGAAUUUUGAUAAUUUUUUUUUUAUAAAACUAGACCAGCCUUUUUUUUUAAAUCCCUAAAAAAUUCGUUCAUCCACAUUUUACACACACACACACAAUCUAUAUACACAGCUGGACUGUUUUUUUUUCCUUAUUUUUUCCCUUAACGUUCACUAAAAAAAAAGAAUAAAAAAAAUGUCCCUAAAAGUCCCGAUAAGUAAAUACACGUUUCGUUGUGUCUGCCCUUAA